UACUUUAGGGGAGACUGGUGGAGGAGCCAUGGCGGCCACGUCUAAACCGAAGCUGUCCAAGAAUCUGAUGCGGAUGAAGUUCAUGCAAAGGGGAUUGGAUGCAGAAACUAAAAAACAACUAGAAGAGGAAGAAAAGAAAAUAAUCAGUGAAGAACACUGGUACUUGGAUUUACCUGAACUUAAGGAGAAAGAGAGUUUCAUAAUAGAGGAGCAGAGCUUUAUGCUUUGUGAAGAUCUUUUGUAUGGAAGAAUGUCAUUCAGAGGGUUUAAUCCAGAAAUCGAGAAAUUAAUGGUCCAAAUGAAUGCCAAACACAAAGAAGAAGAAGUUGAAGAUGUAACAAUGGAGGCUGAUGUGUCUGAUGAAGAAAUGGCCAGAAGAUAUGAAACUUUGGUGGGCACAAUUGGAAAGAAGUUUGCUAAAAAAAGAGAUCGAGCACAGUAUGAUGAAGAUGAAAAUGGUAACAUAAGACCAGUUAAAGCUAAGAAGACAUUUUUAAAACCUCAGGAUUAGACUAACUAAAAUAUGCAGGAAGUUCUUUGAUAUAUUUUAAAACUAUUUCUAAUUAGAAUUGGUUUAUUAUUAAUAUUAUUAUACUUAUAAAGAAAUUUGUAACUUUUGAAACAUAUUCUGUUCCAGAAACAGAUAUAUGAUGGAUGUUAUACAUCCUUGGCUAAGGGGUUGUCUUUGACCGUGGGAUCUUUAGCCUUGAUUUGUAAAACAUAACAAAGAUAGGCAAUUGUUUCCUAAGGCAUUUGAGUUGAGAGAAUAGUUGUUUCCUUUGCCUGAUCAUUUAUUUCAAAAUCUUGGAUAUAAAGUGACAGUACUGUUUAAAUUGCCCUGGGUAUGUUUGCAUUUUAUUUAAAAAUAUUAACUAAGACAAGCCAAUAAAUCUAUUUGAGAAUAAGGAAGUUUUAUAACACAGUCUUUUAUAAGGAAUUCAUUUAUGUGUACAUUUGGACAGGAUGGAAAUGUUAUCAUGAAUGGUGAUAACUCCCAUUCUGUGAAAUAUUUACUUGCUGUCAGGUGAGAUUACUGCUUCUGGCAUUCUGCAUAUUUGUCCUGAUAAAUGUUUGUAGCUCCUAAAGAUGGAAAAAUAUGUCCUGAAAUAAAUUUUUUUUUCCUU